AUGACUACUAUUAGUAGAAAGCGUGCAAUAUGCAUGUUAUACCACCAAGAUUAUGAUAAGGAUAAAGCCAAUGAACUACUCAAUGCUGUCGAAAAACUCGACCUCGAGAUUUGCUAUAAAGAUGAUCCCUGUAAAACAUUUCUGCUAUAUACAAAUUCCAUAAAAGCAGAUCCUGUCAGUCAAGCUCAACUGAUAAUUUUUCUGGAUAUUGCAUUUUUACCAGUAAACCCAAACAACGAAGAAGCUUAUGCUUGCAAAAACUUAAGCAUGAAUGAUAUAUUAACCGUUGUUUGGAAAUACUCGGAUAUUUUCAUUGAUAAAACUGCUUAUGGUUUUGGCAUUUGGUGUCAUCCAAGAAAAUUGUUUUUGACUGAAAGCCAAACGAAAAGAAAAUACAAUGAUCUACAACAGAAAGUUUCAAUACGAUUACUCUAUGCUUUAGAGGAUGAGUAUGUCGGUAAGACAUACAGUAGCCGUUCAUAG